CUCCGAAUUCCCAAACCAUUGGCAAAACCGCCCACUGAUUUACGCACUAACACAGUUUCAAUGGUCUUAUCCCAUUAUCAUCCCCAUCUCUCUCUCUCUCGCUCACUCACUGUCACUCUUCCUAUUUAAGGUUUCUGUGUCUACGACUCUACCUUAUCCUCUCAAGCUGAAUCCAAUCUGCUUAUUCUGUAGUCAGGUUCACAAUCCAAAAAAUUUCUCUCCUUUUUAAUAGACGCAAAGAGAAGCAACAACAGUAGCGAAGAACAGAAAAUGAGUUCUACGAGCAAAGCUUGGAUCGUGGGUGAAAGCGUGGGGGUUGUCGAAGCACUGAAGGAUCAAGGAUUGUGUAGAUGGAAUUACGCCUUGAGGUCCGUCCAUCAACACGUCAAGAAUAAUUGCAGAUCUCUUUCGCAAGCCAAAGGACUUCCCUCUUCCUCUUCCUUUUCUUCAAUGGCGAUGGCUAAGAAGGUGGUUCCAAGCGAUGAGAAGAUGAAGCAAUCGGAAGAAUCUCUCAGAAAAGUUAUGUACUUGAGCUGUUGGGGUCCCAAUUGAACUCCAAAAUUUUCUACUACUCAUGAUUUGUGCCACUCCAGAGCUGUAUUACUCCUAUUUUCGCCCAAUCUGUAAAUACCGAUUGAGAAGAUUAAUUGAUUCCAGAGGACAAAGUAAAAAGAUCAUACAUCAUUCCUAAA